AUGGAAGAAGAAGCACAAGCUAAGGUGGAUAUCUGGAAGUAUGUAUUUGGCUUUACUGAAAUGGCAGUCCUCAAGUGUGCCAUUGAGCUUGGAAUAGCCGAUGUCCUCGAAAGCCAAGAUGGUCGCCCCGUGACACUCGCGGAGUUGUCUUCCGCCCUCAGUUGCUCGCCUCCGAUUCUCUAUCGCGUUAUGAGGUUCUUGAUCCACCGCAAAAUCUUUAAGGAAAUUAGCUUCAACCAAGAAUCAACUGGUUAUGUUCAAUCACCCCUUUCGCGUCUUCUUAUGAAAAAAGGAGACAACAGCAUGGCUGCUUUUGUGCUGCUAGAGAGCAGCCCCGUGAUGCUUGCUCCGUGGCACGGUCUAAGUGCUCGUGCAUUAGCAACUGGGGCUUCGGCAUUCGUGGCUGCUCAUGGCGAGGAUGUGUGGUGCUAUGCAGCUGCAAAUCCUGCGCAUAGCAAGUUGAUUGACGAUGCAAUGGCUUGCCAUGCAAGAGUGGCAAUGUCAGCAAUAAUGGAGAAUUAUGUAGAUGUGUUCAAGGGAAUUGGGUGUUUGGUGGAUGUUGGAGGUGGAGAUGGGACCACUCUUGGGAUUUUGGUCAACAAGUGUCCUUGGAUUCGUGGAAUUAAUUUUGAUCUCCCUCAUGUGGUAUCUACUGCUCAAAAUUGGGAUGGUGUUGAGCAUAUUGGUGGCAACAUGUUUGAGAAAAUUCCAAAGGCUGAUGCUGCUUUCCUCAUGUGGGUAUUACAUGAUUGA